UCCUCUUGUCUGGUAGGCACGUGUUCCCAGAGAGGUGGAGAGGGGGGGUCGUGGUUAGGAAAACGAGCUGCGUGGCCGAAGCAGCGGCAAGAUGGCGACGCGAGAGUUCUGGUUGCUCACGUCAUAUCUGUUGGUUGCCUUGAGACGGGCGUUGACGGUGACAUGGAUUCGGAUCAACAAGUUCCUCAUGAAGCCCGACUGGGUGAUUCGACCCGUGGCGGAUUUUCGACACAAGGUGGUGCUAAUCGGAGAUGGCUUCGCCGAGGGCGUCGGAGAUUGGGUUGUAAUGGGGGGAACGGCUGGCGUUACGCGGAUGCUCGAAAAGGAAGCGGGAUCGGACGAAAAGGUGCGCACGUGCUGGCAUAUCAUCAACCGAGGACGGGCCGGGAGCUUGUCUUCCGAUUGGCUGCCAUCCGACCCAAAGUCGCUAUACCACCGGAAGGUGCAGUCUGAAGCCUGCAGGGACGCAGAAAUCUUCGUAGUGGCGCUGGGUACGAUGGACGUGGUCAACGAUUGCGUGGGCAUGCCCGUCUCAGCCAUGCGAAAAACCGCCCUCGACACCUUCGAGGAGGGAGAGAUCUGCGACACGGUCAAGAACCUCAGGGAGAUCUGCGAUGCUCUCAGGGCUGAAGGGAAGAAGGUAGUCGUUUGCAACGUAAUGACGUCCGGUGCGGGCAUCAAUCGCCGCACGGGCACAGCCAAGCGCAUCAACCGACAGCUCGCGCUCUACGGCAAGGCAACAGCAACAGCAACAGCAAAAGGAGAAACCGCACCCAAGGGCGGACAACCGGUCGAGGUCGUGAAGAUGAACAACCCUCGAGCGGCAAGAGAAGACGGCCGAGCUUUCGACGGCCUCCAUCUCAACGCCCGCGGGUACCGCGCGUUUGCCAGCGCGGUGUACGAAGUGGUGGGGCCGAUGAUGGUGGCCGUGGAGUGGAAGGUCUGGAAGUCCAAGCUAGCGGCGGGUUUAACCAACGGGGCUGGCGGGGCGGCCGUGGCGCCGAUUUCUGGAGAGGGCUUCGAGCCAAAGAGCAAGUCCAACAAGAAGGCGGACUAA